AUGGAUCACCGUGAUACUGCAUCAGCAACCCCGGCUGGUGGGCCGGCUGCUGUUCCGGCUCGUCCACGUCCUCCAUAUUUACGCCCCGACAGCAAUCAGAGUAGCUCGGGUAUCUUUGACGAUGUCGAGAUGGCACACGAUGAGGCAAGUGGAAGUUUGAGAAGGAGUCCACUCUACUCUGGUCCCAUUGCCGAAAGCCUUCCAAGCAGUGUCUCGGCAUUUUCCCAUCGUCGAACUCGAGCCGAUUCAACGACCAGCUUCGUUUAUUACGAGAACGAUGAGACGAACAAUGACAUAGGAGACAACCACGAAUUCGCCAUAUCGGCGCUAGACGACGAUGACGAUCAUUCGGCGGAUGACGACUUCCUGGCUUACAAUCACGACUAUAUGCUUCAUCGAUGUUCCUCGACGCAAUCGCGUACCUCUGUACACGCGCAUCUUCUUCGUAGAGAUAGCAACAUUACCACUGCUAGCUCACAUCCGUUCAAUCGCACGAGUCAAAAAGUUUACGUGGAGAGUGAGGAUCUGACAAUUGCAAUUGCUGGAUUCCGCACAAGAAUCGCAGGCUAUAUAGCGUAUAUCGCCGUGUGCAUUCUGACUGGAGGUAUUGCCUAUCUAGUCUUCAGAUGGCUACCCAGGCUGUACAUCUCUCUCUUAGGGCAGGCCUGUCCUCUAAGAGACUGCAGCUGGGUUGUGAUUGAGAAUCAGUGGGGGGAGAUGGAAAUUCAACAAGUGCGAAUUCAGGACUACGGUCAGCCCCUUUCUUCUAUAUUUGGACUCCCAGAGAAGUCUUUAUCUUAUGGCCUGGAUGAUGAUAAUGAUCCUGUCGUCGAUGACCUUCGAUCGCUCAAUUAUCGUUACGUUCGAUUUUGUUACCACCCUCUCAAGGAUAAAUUCGUUCUAUUGAGUGGAUGGAAAGAUCCCGGUUGGACCGAUAUGCAAGCUGUACGGACCGGUCUUGAUAGUGACGAGAAAUCGACUCGCGAGACCAUCUUUGGAAACAAUCUUAUUGACAUAGAGCAAAAAUCUGUGGGCCAGCUGCUCGUUGACGAGGUGCUGCAUCCAUUCUACAUAUUCCAGAUUGCUAGUAUCAUUCUUUGGUCACUGGAUUCAUAUUACUACUACGCAAUAUGCAUUUUCGUCAUGUCAGUUGGAAGCAUAGCGACGACCCUCAUUGAAACCCGGGCAACAAUGAAACGACUACGCGAAAUUUCUCGCUUUGAAUGCGACGUCCGAGUUCUUCGGAAUGGAUUUUGGACAUACAUCUCGUCAGGCGAUCUUAUUCCUGGUGAUGUUUACGAAUUAAGCGACCCUAACCUGUCACAGCUUCCCAGCGACAGCUUGUUGCUUACAGGUGACUGUAUCGUCAAUGAGAGCAUGCUUACGGGAGAGUCUGUUCCUGUUUCGAAGAUUCCAGCGACGGACAGUACACUGGCACAACUCGACCUUACUGCUUCGUCCGUUUCUCCUGAAGUUGCACGCCACUUUCUCUUCUGUGGAACAAAAAUCAUUCGAGCAAGGCGUCCCCAAGAAGAUUUGGGUGGUGAUGCAGUUGCUCUGGCGCUGGUUGUCAGAAUCGGAUUCAGUACUACCAAGGGUGCUCUCGUGCGAUCCAUGCUGUUCCCCAAGCCCUCAGGAUUCAAGUUUUAUCGCGAUUCAUUCAGGUAUAUCAGUGUCAUGGCCGUUGUUGCCCUGCUUGGAUUUAUCACCUCUUUCAUCAACUUCAUCCGGCUGCAGCUGGAGUGGCAUUUGAUCAUUGUUCGUGCCCUUGAUCUUAUAACCAUUGUUGUGCCGCCAGCUUUACCUGCAACAUUAACUAUUGGCACCAACUUUGCACUUGCCCGCUUGAAGAAGGCCAAGAUCUUCUGCAUCAGCCCACAGAGAGUGAACGUCGGCGGAAAGCUCGAUAUCAUGUGCUUCGACAAGACAGGCACGCUAACAGAAGACGGCCUGGAUGUCCUUGGAGUUCGAGUUGUUUCAGUGGACGAGCAUAAAUUUAGUGAUGUAAUUUCGGAGCCCCAUCUCUUCGAGCAACGAGAGACAAGCCUUUCUUUUCAGAGCAUCUUGCAAGCCGCUCUCCAUGCCAUGGCAACAUGUCACUCCCUUCGCUCUGUUGACGGCGAGCUUGUUGGCGAUCCCCUAGAUCUCAAAAUGUUCGAGUUUACAGGCUGGUCUUUUGAAGAAGGGAAGCACAAUGUUGUGGAAGGUGAAGAAGAAGAAUACGGAAGUCUUUCGCCUUCGAUUGCCUCCCCGCCAGAUAGAUCUGUCCAACUAGGCGUUCUCAAGUCGUUUGAGUUUGUCUCGCAGCUCCGAAGAUCCAGCGUUAUCGUGAGACACUUUGGGAAGAAGGAUGGUGACAUAUUCGUCAAGGGCGCACCAGAAGCUAUGCGUGAAAUAUGUCGGCCUAGUAGCAUUCCAAAGGAUUAUGACGAGUUGCUCUCUUACUAUACUCACAAGGGCUAUCGUGUGAUCGGCUGCGCAACACGACAUCUUAACCGGCUGAGUUGGGUUAAGGCGCAAAAGAUGACCCGUACUGAAGUUGAGCGAGAUCUUGAUUUCAUUGGCUUCAUCAUUUUUGAGAACAAGUUGAAGCCAAGCACAGCGGGAGUUUUGAAGGAACUCAAAGAUUCCAACAUUGCCACUGUGAUGGUAACAGGCGAUAACAUUCUAACGGCUGUCAGUGUUGCCAGAGAGUGCGGCCUUCUUGACCGCCAUGCGCAAUGCUAUGUGCCUCGAUUUCUUCAUGGUGACUCUCGGGAUCCCACGGCAGAGUUGCAGUGGGAGAGCAUUGACAACAGCAUCUAUUGUCUCGACAGUACAAGUCUGACGCCGCUUCCAGCGCCACCAGAAGGCGACAUCUCGCUUCCCUACGACAUUUCCAAUAUGCAAAACUACUCUCUGGCUGUAAGCGGCGAUGUGUUCCGCUGGAUAGUCGACUACGCCCCGGCGGACUUAUUAUCAAAGAUGCUCGUGAAAGGCAAAGUUUUCGCUAGGAUGUCACCAGACGAAAAGCACGAAUUGGUUGAGAAGUUACAAAGCAUAGAUUAUUCAUGUGGCUUUUGUGGCGACGGCGCAAACGACUGCGGCGCUCUAAAGGCUGCGGAUGUGGGCAUUUCGUUGUCGCAGGCGGAGGCUUCGGUUGCCGCACCAUUCACAUCGCAGGUCUUCGACAUACGAUGUGUCCUAGAAGUCAUCAGAGAGGGGCGGGCGGCUCUUGUAACAAGCUUCAGUUGUUUCAAGUACAUGAGUCUGUAUUCGGCAAUUCAGUUCACAUCGGUCAGCUUCCUCUAUUCCAAAGGCUCGAAUCUGGGGGACUUUCAGUUCCUCUUCAUCGACCUUCUCCUCAUCCUUCCCAUCGCUGUCUUUAUGGGCUGGGCUGGGCCGGCGGAAAGGCUUUGCAGAAAGCGACCAACAGCGGACCUUGUUUCCCGCAAGGUCCUUGUUCCUCUGCUCGGAUUAAUGGGGGUCAGCAUCCUAAUUCAAGCCAUCACAUACGUCACAGUCAGGGAGCAGUCUUGGUACGUGCCGCCGCAGCUGAGCCAUGACGAAACCAGCAUCAAGAGCUCAGAGAAUACUGCACUGUUCCUGGUUUCAUGCUUUGAGUAUAUCUUCUCCGGAGUAAUCCUAAACGCAGGACCUCCUUUUAGGCACCCCCUGUGGGAGAAUGGGCCAUUCAUCACAACCAUCAUUCUGAGCCUGGCAGUGACUGUAUAUAUGAUUGCAGGCCCGGCAGCUUGGCUGUAUGAUUUGAUGCAGUUGAGCUACAUGAGCUUGGAUUAUGAUUUGUUCCUGGUCUUGCUUGGCUUCAUGUAUUUCGCCCUGGCCUGGGUAUUCCAAGAGUUCCUCUCACUGCGACUGGCGAGAUUCCUGGGCACCCUGAACAAAUGGGUUACUGGGCGAGCAAAGACAAGGAAGCAAUACAAAGUGAUACAGGAGGAAAUGAAUGGCGGUGUAUUUUAA